UGAUCUUCCUUCAAACAAAUAUGACAAGAGCAAUGAGCUUCAGUUUCCUACAGUCACUCUGCCAAGUAUCACUGCCUCACAAAGGACCUAAGAAAUCACUAACAAGGAACCUCAACUCCAGCAAAAAUGGAAACCAACUUCACAACCCCUCUUACAACUUUUCCAACAAAUAUGUCACACUGUGACCUUUAUACACACCAAAGUGUAGCAAAGACCUUAAUGCCUCUUCAUUACAGUAUUGUCUUCAUCAUUGGACUCCUUGGCAACCUAUUAGCCUUGUCUGUCAUUUUUCAGAACAGAAAAAAAAUCAAUUCCACCACUCUCUAUUCAACAAAUCUCGUCAUUUCGGAUAUACUUUUUACUACUGCUCUUCCAACCCGGAUAGCCUACUAUGCAAUGGGAUUUGACUGGAGAAUUGGUGAAAGCUCCUGUAGGAUAACUGCUCUUAUAUUUUACAUUAAUACAUAUGCAGGUGUGAACUUCAUGACUUGUUUGAGUAUCGAUAGAUUCUUUGCUGUGGUCCAUCCUCUUCGAUACAACAAGAUGAAAAGAAUCAAACAUGCCAAAUGUGUGUGCAUUUUUGUCUGGAUGCUUGUAUUUGGUCAGACACUCCCGCUACUCAUACAUUCUAUGUCAAAGGAAGAAAAUGGAAGGAUAACAUGCAUGGAAUAUCCAAACUUUGAAGAAAUACAAAAUCUUCCCUGGAUUCUUCUUGGUGCCUGCUUAAUAGGUUAUGCUAUUCCACUUGUAAUCAUACUGAUUUGCUAUUCUCAAAUAUGUUGUAAACUCUUACAAACUGCCAAACAAAAUCCACUAACUGAGAAAUCAGGGGUAAACAAAAAGGCUCUCAACACAAUUAUUUUCAUAAUUAUUGUUUUUGUUGUCUGUUUCACACCUUAUCAUAUUGCAAUUAUCCAACAUAUGAUUAAGAAGCUACAAAAAGAACCUGACUGUAAAGAACAACAAAUAUUCCAGAUUUCCCUCCAUUUUACUGUAUGCCUGAUGAAUUUCAACUGUUGCAUGGACCCUUUUAUAUAUUUCUUUGCAUGUAAAGGUUACAAGAGGAGGGUUAUGAAAAUGCUGAAACGUCAAGUUAGUGUGUCAGUUUCAAGUGCUGUUAAGUCAGCUCCUGAUGAAAACUCACGUGAAAUGACAGAAAAUCAAACAAUGAUCUACUCUAAGUCUUCAAACGGAAGGUAAUGAAGCAUAAAAGCCUGUAUUUACAAGAAAAAUUUCUGUUCAAUUAACUUUCAGAAUCUCUCUCACUGGGUAAUAUGAAUUUUCAGCAUUCAAAAUGGGAUGAUUACUUACGAAGUAAUAGGUAUGGAAAAAAGAAAAACCCCAAAGCACUACCCCGAAGAGUGAAUGCCAUAUAACAAAGGCUCUUCAAGUAGAUGUUGAAACAAUGAUUCUAUGACAUGAUGAAUCUAAUAAAUUACACUCUCCAACAUAUUUUGAGAAGUGGACCAAAUGAGCCAAGAAAAGAAAAAAGUAACUUAAUAAAUGAAGAAGGAUGAGUGUCAACAACAGAAAAACCAACAAUGAAAUAUUGUAUUAAAGUAAAUUAUAUGAAUAUCCCCAAGAUCCACAAUGUCCCUAUUGUGGGGAAUUCCAGUUGUAAGAAAUCCCUCCACCUAAAGUCCAUCUACAACUCAGUACGUAGUUCUAGGGAAUUGUUUGAGGAACUGAAACGUUAUGUGACUUGUCCAAAAUCACUGAGAAGAGAGGCUUUCACCAAAGUCUUUCCUGACUCCAUGUUCAGACCUCAAACCACUAUGCAAUUAAGGUUUACUUGCUAAUUAAAUAAGUAAAGUAUGUAAUUGAUCACUUACCUUGUUAUAAAAUAAUAAAAUGGAAUUCCAUUUGCAUGGAAUUAAAUGGCAUAACAAUUACUGAUGACAUUGUUAUUUGUAAAAUUUAAACAGUUAGUAUAAAAACAUUUAUGCAAAUAUUAAAAGUCUGAUGAAACUGUAGUCAGAAAUUGUGAUUUCUUUCUAAGAUAACUGUUAUCUCACAUGUAUAGACCUUAAACUUUCAGAUAAAGAAAUGACUUAUAUAGCUCAAAGCAACAAUACAAAACCUUCAAAUGAACCAUGAUAAUUAAAAAUUCUACUUUGUAAAUAAGAAAUUAUGUCUGUAGGACAGAAUAUCUCUAUUAUUGCCAAAUACAUUUUUGUAUUAUUGAGGACUAGGAAUUAAUAUGCCUUACCAAUAACAUGCAAAAAUUUAGAAGACUGAUUAAAAAUAUAUGAGAUCACAGGAAGAAUUAAUUGCCCUGCAUGGACUAAUUCCUGAUUGUGUUAAGAAAUAUUUUAUUUUCUUUUAAAAAAGAUGUUAUAAAUAUAACAACCAUCAACAAAAAUAAGUAACCAAGUUAAAAUAUAAAAUAACUAGAAAACUCAGUAUUUUAACAAGAACGAGACAAAUCAAUUUUAAAAAAAAACAAGCAAAAAUGCUUUAAUCUAUAUUCCCUUCCAGGUACCUCUUCCUUUAUUUCCUUUCUCUCUAAUAUAUUUGUAGUUAAUAUGUAAAUCUUGUAUAUUUUAAAUGUAAAAAUAUUAAUAUAUCUGCUUUAAAAUGUAUCUUUUUAUAAUCCUGGAUACUCACUCAAGAACACGUCUAUUUGGCAUUUUUUAAUCACAAAACUUUAUCUCAAACCAGUGUUUCAGAAUAAAGAGCUGAAUGUUUCAAAAUUAA